UUAAACCGCUGCUUACUCGUUCGUCCAGUUACAGUCACUCUAUUACGAACACAAUAACCAGUCCGUUACAUUUUUGUCCACAAAAAUGGCUGCGGCCACACUCUCCGUCCGGCCUAACCGUCUCUCUUCUGGUUCGCCUUUCCCUCGACCACCUAGCUCCGCCACAACCACUUCUCAAAUAAAGUCCUUAAAGAACGACCCCUGGAGAGUCACAAUCGUGCCUCUCCGGCGCUCCUUCGUCGGGAGUGCGCGAGCCGGUUCACGAGCCGAUGAUUCGGCGCCGUUUGAGAUGUCGGUGGAGAACGCACUCAAACUUCUUGGCGUCUCGGAAAACGCUUCGUUUGAUGAUAUACUUCGCGCCAAAAAGUCCAUUCUUGCGACGUGCAAGGAUGACCAGGAUGCGAUUGCUCAGGUUGAGGCUGCGUAUGAUAUGUUGCUUAUGCGAAGCUUAACUCAACGUAGAGCUGGAAAAGUUGUAAAUAGUGCCAUCCGCUAUGCUGAUGUUAAACCAAUAAAUGGCCCAGGGAUGGGAUCGGUAACUCAGUGGCUACAGGCAAGUAUGAAAAAUACACCCAUUUCAGUGGAAACGCCAUCAACUGGUGAUCUGGGAAUACAAGCAGGAGUUUAUGGAGCUAUGAUGGUUUUAACCUAUGUUAAUGGAGCUUCUACAUCACCUGUGGCACCUUAUGGUGGGGCUGAUGUUCCUGGGUUGAUCUUAGCCACGAGUUUUGGAGCUUCCUUGUACUUCAUGACCAAAAAGAAUGUGAAGUUAGGAAAGGCCACUGUAAUAGCUUUAGGAGGGCUUGUUGCCGGCGCUGUGGUGGGUUCAGCUGUUGAGAGUUGGUUGCAGGUGGACAUUGUCCCAUUUCUAGGCUUACACUCCCCUGCUGCUGUAGUUAGUGAAUUCAUUCUUUUUUCUCAAUUAUUGAUUUCGCUUUACCUAAGGUAGGAUUAAAUUGUAAUUGGUAACAAUUAAACCUGUAAUUAUUCAUUUGCAUGAUCAUACCUGAGCUUUUUUUUAAUUAGGAUGUGUAUCAUUGCCUUUGUACAAACCUACAAACAGAAUGUAACAAAUGCAUUAAUCUGAAAUCUGUUAGAGAAUUGCAAUAAAAACAUGUGCAAGUAUUAUCUAUA